AUGGCGCCUCAUCCCUUGGGGACAGCCACUUGCCAAGUGACCUCUGAGACCCAGCAGCCUUUCGCCGCCGGAGCGUCGGACCAUCCCGCGCUCGGCGCUCGGUCUGCCCCGCCCAGCCCCACCGGCAGGCCGCGGGACUGCGCGGAGGCCGAGGAGGGCGGCUGCCGAGGGGCCCCGAGGAAGCUCCGCGCGCGCCGGGGAGGUCGCCACCGGCCCAAGAGCGAGCUGGCCCUGAGCAAGCAGCGACGAAGCCGGCGCAAGAAGGCCAACGACCGCGAGCGCAAUCGCAUGCACAACCUGAACUCGGCGCUGGACGCGCUGCGCGGGGUCCUGCCCACCUUCCCCGACGACGCGAAACUCACCAAGAUCGAGACGCUGCGCUUCGCCCACAACUACAUCUGGGCCCUGACGCAGGCCCUGCGCAUAGCCGACCACAGCUUCUACGGACCCGAGGUCCCUGUGCCACCCCGCGGCGGGGCGCUGGGCAGCUUCGAGGGUGGCUCCCUCGGGGACUGGGGCUCCCUCUAUUCUCCAGUUUCUCACACUGGAAGCCUGAGCCCCACCACCUCCCUAGAGGAGUGCCCCGGGCGGCAGGUGCCCAGUCCCCCGGCCUGCCUGCUUCCGGGCGCACUGGCCUUUUCAGACUUCUUGUGA